AUGGGUGCGAAGCUCGCAUCUAAGAUGCAGGCGGCUCAGGCUGCAUCUGGCUAUCCUCCGCCCGGUGGACAAGGCGGCUACCCUGGACAGCCACAGUAUCAAGCGUAUCCAGGUGCCCAAGGUGCCGGUGCUCCCGGGCCCAACGCCGGGCAGGCGCCAAAUCCUUAUGCGCAACAACAACAGCCUGGUCCUCCUAUGCCUCCGCGUCCUGGUCAAGCGCCCCCCGCGCAAUGGAAUCAGCCACAGGUCCCGCCGCCGUAUGGACAGCAACCACCACAACAGCCUUACCAGCAGCAAAGCCAAUGGGGCCAACCACAGCAACCCGCUUACGGACAGGCGCCGCAGCAAUAUGGCCAACCUUACGGCCAGCAGCCCGCUUUCCAACCGAAUGUUCGUACUAAUUUAGAUUUCUUCGAUUUUCAAACCCACGGUGGACCACCAGGACAGCCUCCGCAGGGCCAGUAUGGCGCACCUCCACCACAAGGAGGAUAUGGCGGCGGCCCGCCCCCUCCCCAACAGGUUCAGGCCGGACCAGCUGAGAUCGCGGGCUACAAGCAGCUUCUGCAAGCCUGCAUCCAAGAGAAGGGCCUCCAGAACUUCCCAAUCUGCCAACAUAUUGACCAGAUUGCUCAACAAGCGCCCGCGAAGAUCAAUCAAGUCAUCUCGCGCUGGAAGAUCCAGAAGGAGAUUGCCAAUGACAUUGUAAAGCUAGCGCUUUACGACAUCGUGCUAUACAUCGAUGACAGUGGAUCCAUGCAGUUCGAAGAGGAAGGUAGCCGUAUCACAGAUUUGCGCCUUAUUUUGGACCGAGUCUCGUUCGCUGCAACUCUCUUUGACAACGAUGGCAUCUCUGUCCGCUGCAUGAACACCGAUCUUUCGGGAGCUCGCAACCAACAGGGUCGACCUCUUCAAGAUGGCGUCGCGACUGAGGCUCAGGUCGCAGAGAUCAUGCGUGGCGUCAACUUCAAGGGCCUCACACCCAUGGGUACCUCUAUGGACAAGAAAGUCAUCCAGGAGAUAGUACUCCCAAAGGCACGCUCAGGACAGAUGCAAAAGCCAGUAUUGGUCAUUGCCAUCACCGAUGGGCAGCCAGCGGGAGAGCCUUCCGGCGAGAUCUUUAAGGUCAUCAAGGAGACUUACAGACAGCUCCAGUCGACGCCCUACGGCCGUGGUGCUGUCGCUUUCGAGUUUGCUCAGGUAGGAAACGAUGUGACCGCAAGGAAAUUCCUCAGUCAACUCGAUGAGGAACCCGAGGUUGGCCCUAUGGUUGACUGCACGUCCAACUUCGAAAACGAACAGGAAGAGAUGAUGCGCGCAAACCCUCCUGUCGAUCUUACACCCGAUCUUUGGAUCAUCAAGCUUCUUCUCGGUGCCAUUGAUCGAAGCUACGACUCGAAGGACGAGAAGAGCAACCCUGCACCUGGCGGCUACGGCGCACCACCUGGCCAGUAUGGCGCACCUCCUCCAGGUUACGGCCAACAGCCACCCCAGGGCUAUGGCCAACAGCCGCCGCAAGGCUAUGGACAGCAGCCACCCCAGGGUUACGGUGCUCCCCCUGGUCAGCAUCCGCCCCAAGGAUACGGUGCUCCACCCGGCGCACCUCCACAAGGCUACGGUCAACAAGCACCUCCACCAGGUCAGUAUGGCCAGCAGCGACCGCCCCAAGGAGGCCCCGGCGGUUACCCAGGUCAGCAGCAGUAUGGCCAACCCCCACCCGGCGGCAGAUACUAG